CUUACACUGCAGCUCGGCUCGUACUUAGUUCGUCAUUUAUAGUUUUUUUUUUUUUUUUGAAUAGAAUGCAAAAAAAUAAAGAAAAAUAGAUUUUUAAUCCAAAAUAGUUAAUCUUUUUUCUUUAAACGAAAAAUUGAUAUCUUAAGAAUAAACAACGUGAUUGUGUUUAAACAAAAAAAAAAAAAAAUAGUUAAAACCUUAAAAAAUGUACAAUCAGCGAAAGUAAUAGUAAAAUCGUGUGUGUGUGUUUUAUCAUUGCGUUGCGUUGACAGAUGUCAAUGUCAAUAGUUACGCGUCACACUAGCCCAUAUACUAGUAGUAUAAUACAGUAUUUUAUCGACAUCAUCAUCGCUGUCAAUUUUGCCAAAAAUUGGUUUAACGCUACUGCUCCGGGGGCAGUAGAAGACCAGUUGUUGCAAUUUUUUAUUAAAGGUGGAAACAGUGUGUUUGUGAGGUGGCAAAGGCAAUACCCUUGAUUCUGAAUUACCACCGGAAAAUAACCUCCGCCCUCAUCUCAACCAGAUACGGUAUUACCGCCCGCCAACGCCAACUAUACAAUACCACCACUACCACUAUCACCAGAACUGCCAUUGUUUUUUUGGUCGUGUUCCAACAACAACAACAACAUUGGUAUAGCCCAGCCAGUGCAACGACAUCAUGAAUUGGAUAUUUCUUGGUGUUAUUGUCCUAUUGGCGCACAAGGAGUAUGAUGGCAAUUUUUUUGGAAUGGCCAGUCCAUCACCACUUCGUUUACCAGGACACACACAAAACCUCAGCCCCUUUAUACGUCACUGGGAAGCAGCAAAUUUUGAUCGGGCACAAUUGCAUGCCGCUCAUCAAAAACACAUCGAACAAAAACGCCAUCGUAGAAAAAGAGAAUUGCUCGCUGGCGAGUAUGGGCCUUCCCAUACAAUUAGACUAAGUUUUUUUGCCCACGAUAGAGAGUUUCGGCUUGUUUUGCGCCAGGAUCCGCUUUCUGUAUUUACGACAGAUGUCGAAAUCGAGAAUACCCUUGGAACAAUGGAUUAUGACAUUUCAAGGAUAUACACUGGCUCGUUAGAAGAUGAUGAAAACUCUCACGUCCAUGCCAUACUCACAAGUGAUAACCUCCUCGAUGGGACCAUCGAAACUAGUUCCGAACAAUUUUACGUAGAACCAUCACAUCGAUAUUCAAAGGAUCUAUCGGCGUCCGGUGUCCAUUCGAUUGUGUAUAAGUUAAGCGAUGUGAACAUGCCAAUGUCAUCGUCCUCAUCGUCCUCGUCAUCGACAUUUGCAUCAACUGAUGCAAAGAAAACUACAACUGCUGCUGCUGGAUCAGCGUCAUCAUCAUCAUCGCAUACCGGAGCAGCAUUUGAGCACUGUGCCAGUGAACGAUUACGACGCAGCAUGCUGCUGGAUGAUUUAAAACGGCGAAAACGAAUGACUAGCAAGUCGUCGAUGCUCGAGGAUAUCUUCUCAAGCGUUGACAAUAGCAAUAAAGUCGAUAACUCAAAUGAUAUAUCGAUUUCGCAUAACCGCCGGAAGAGGUGGCUUCCGGAUGAGCAAGUCACAGAAGAUAGAAAUCCAUCACUUCCACUCGAUCUGGAUGUACCAUACAACGAUGAUUAUAGUAUUUUAAGUCACGAUACAAGUAGUAGUAAUGAAGAUGUCUCUAGGACAUCCUCCUCCGCCGCCGCCGACGACAUUAUCAAUCGAAGCAGCCCACCUAGGGAAAAGUUGCCCGACCAACAGGAAGUCACAUGGCGCAGCAAUAUGCCCGUCUAUACGACAACAUCCAAUCGCAAUCGCAACAUCAUUGUCAGCAACUAUGAUCCUAGUAGUGAUAUUAGUAAUAAUAAUUCAAAUAAUAAUAAUAAUAAUUUCAAUGCAAAUAAUAGCAUUCGCAAAACAUUUACCAAACACAAGAAUAUCCUUGUGAGUAGUUUCAAUAAUCGAAGUUUAGAUGAUACACUCACAGCAUCUUCGGAUAGUAAUUUUAUGAAUAAUUUUUUCAAUACCAAUUGGACGACAAUGUUUGGAGGCAGUUCAACAAGUAGUGGUUCAUCACGUCCUAGCCAUAAGACUCAUGUGGAAAUUAUUACGAAAAAUGGAGCGACUAAGAAGCCAAAUAUUAUUGUGAAUAAUUACAAUCCGGAUGUGGUAAUGUCACAGAAUUAUAAUGGAAUGAUGAGCAGUCGGCCAUCGGAUAUGCAUGAUUCAGGGAGUAGUGCUGCGGCACGGGCAAUGUACGAUAGGAAAAUCACUUGUAUGCUCUAUCUUCAGGCGGAUCAUACAUUUUUCCAGAAAAUGGGAUCUGACGAGUCGAGUAUUGAAGCGAUCACGAGACAUGUCCAGAGGGCCAAUUCGAUUUACAAAAACACAGAUUUUAAUGGAGAUGGUAAACCAGAUAACAUCACAUUUAUGAUUAAACGAAUUAAAGUGCACAAUGCAAAUGCUCUUAAAGAUCCUGGAUAUCGAUUUCCUGGCAAUUAUGGUGUUGAAAAGUUUUUGGAAUUAUUUUCGGAGGAAGACUAUGAUGCAUUUUGUUUGGCAUACAUGUUCACUUAUCGUGAUUUUGAAAUGGGCACUUUAGGAUUGGCAUGGACUGGUGAUCUUAAAAAUGCUGGAGGUGUUUGUGAGAAAAAUGGGCACUAUAGAGGUUCAUUGAAAUCACUUAAUACGGGAAUUGUGACUUUGCUUAAUUAUGGAAAACAUGUACCACCAGCUGUUUCGCAUGUCACAUUGGCCCACGAAAUUGGUCAUAAUUUUGGAUCACCGCACGACCCAGAGCAAUGUACGCCUGGUGGUGAGGAUGGGAACUACAUUAUGUUUGCACGCGCCACCUCCGGCGACAAGCGUAACAACAACAAAUUCUCCCCAUGUUCACUCAAAUCCAUCGAACCCGUCCUUAACGCAAAAGCGCGCAGUGUCAAAGGCUGCUUCACCGAACCGCAGACGUCCAUUUGCGGCAAUGGUGUCGUCGAACCGGGCGAACAGUGUGACUGCGGUUGGGAAGAGGACUGCAAGGACAGCUGCUGCUUCCCAAUGUCUCGGCACGCGAGACUCGACGAACGGCCCUGCACUCUAACACCCCGCGCCAUGUGCAGCCCUUCGCAAGGGCCCUGCUGCACAACCGAUUGCAAAUUGAAGUUCGGUGACAAGUGUCGCGAUGACAAUGGCUGCCGUGAUCCAAGUUUCUGUGAUGGACGGAUGCCGCAAUGUCCGGCAUCGGUGAACAAACCUAACAAGACCAUCUGCAACAAAGAGUUUGUCUGCUAUAUGGGCGAGUGCACGGGUAGCAUAUGCCUGGCGUACGGAUUAGAGUCCUGUCAGUGUAUACCUGGACCAAGUGACCCCAAGACAAAGUCGUGUGAGCUGUGUUGCAAGCAGCCAGGCGAAGGCCAGGCAUGUCGCAGUUCCUUCGAAUGGAACGAGCCACCGUUUGAUGUCCCUGAUAUGUUCGCUAAGCCCGGGACACCAUGUAACGAUUACAAUGGAUACUGUGACGUCUUCCAGAAAUGUCGUGAAGUUGAUCCAUCCGGUCCAUUGGCUACACUCCGCAAGCUGCUGUUGUCCGAAGAAAGCAUCGCCUCCUUCAAGAAAUGGAUACAAACCAACUGGUAUACAGUGGCCUUGGCUAUCGUUGGAGUAUUCCUUCUGCUGAUCCUCAGCACGAAAUUACUAGCCAAACGUUCCAACUUAAAACUAAAAUCGGUCACAAUAAUCCACAGCGCAACAACAGAAACAGUACGUCUACCAGACGACAACAACGGCGUGAUCGUACACACGGCCGUCCGUACAAAAGUGCCCUUCAAGAAAAAGGUUCGCGGCGAACGAACUGUCAAGACAAAAAUAAUCACCAAAUCUGCUAAUGGCCUAACACCCGGCAGUAAUUCAAAACAACAAAAUCUCUUCAAUUCUAAGCAACAACAUGAUGCUAUUCUCAAGAAACCCACACGGAAGAAGAAUCGUGUUGCAGCACCAUUACCAACUAAAGCUGCGCCAGCACCUCCAACUGCCAACACUACAAAUGAAACUGAAAAUCCUCCACCAUUAGCUAAGCCAAUAGUAGUUGAGUCAAAAUCAAAAUCAAAGACAAAGUCGAGUAAAAAACACAAGGAAAUCAUUGAUUAUUCGAAUGGAACUCGACUGCCAUCUAGCGGACAUACGAAUACUUUCGGAAAAGUCCACAAAUGGCUGCUGGAAUCACCGAUUGUAUCGCAGCCACUUUCACACAUUGAGCAUUCAUCAAAAGUCCGAAAAGUUAUGUCCAAGUCACAAUCAACGCCCGAACGACUUGUUCAAAAGUCUCCACAAAAGACCAAGUCAGUGGGCAAUCUUAGCAAUGAGAAAGUUAAACUUCAAGUCGUCUAUAAGCCACCGUUUAAGUUUUCUUUGCGGUUAUCUAAAAACUCUGCUGUGAAGACGCAUGUGAUAGGAAGUGGGUUGAAUAAAAUUAAACGAAAGACUCGCUCCAGUGAUAAAAAGCGAGUCAAUGCAACGGCAAUAGCUCCAGAUAGGCUUGGAAGUGAACGCGGCAAGAGAACCGCUUUCCUUCUUCGCCAAAACAUCGAGGAAGAGAAUCAAGUCUUAACCAAUAGUGAACCAAACUAUGAGACUUUGAAUCCAAAGAACCCUCCAUCAAUUCCAGCGGAGAGUUCUCCUCUCUAUGAAAACAUGCUGCCAACGGCAGAAGUCAAAGAUCCCAAACCCAGUACAUCGAAGUCAUCGGGGGCACGAAUGAUCUCAGGACACAUGAGUCGCAGUUCGAGCAACACCACUUUAAAUGCUGUCCCAACUCAACCACACAGCUACAGCCGCAGCAAUUCCAUAUCAAACCAGUCCACAGCUGCGAAACAUCCAGCAAGUCGCAAGUACAGUGAUAACUCUGUGCAUUUGAGUCGCAACUUUGGCAGCACUCAAAACCUUAUCCACCCCAGUAGUAGUCAGACAAAUCUGUCCAAGUCAAAGAAGCGCAGCAGUCUGAAUCUGAAGACUUCCUCGUCAGCUGCUGUCGCAGCAGCGGGACACUUUCAACCCCCAACGAAACGCAGUAAUUCGAAUUUAAACCUGCGCCGAGAGAACUCAGCAACAAAGGACACCGAAACACCGUCACCGCAACAACCACCGCCUCUAAAGCGCAGCUCUAGCAACAAUACCACUCAACCAGCAGUCCUUCCCCCGCCCCAAUUACUACCCCCGCAACGAGGUUCUAUAGCUCGUGGCAGCUUUAGUAAUAUCCCGCGAGCCAGUUUAAAUUUCCAGCGCCAAUCAUCCCAGCCUAGUUGUAGCAACAAUUUUAAUAGUAGUUUUAACAAUCAUCAUCAUAAUUUAAGUACCAAUAGCCCCCACACUGCCACCUGUGAUGAAACCAGCAACAAGACUCGUCCGUUUGACUGGACGCUGUCAUCAAGCAGCGGCCCAAGUAGUCAUAGCAGCAGUAGCAAUCAGGAUAAAAUCAAAAGAGGAAGUCGUAAUAGUGCAUCGCCAGGGUUGCACCAUCAGCUUCAACAUCAGCAACAGCAACAACAACAACAACAACAACAACAACAACAACUGCCCUCAGACCUAGAGGUAAUGGUCUCAGAUGUAGAAAAUUUGGUUAGUUAGGAAUUAUUUAAAAUCUUUAUGUAAAGAUUAUUUUAACGAGUAUUUUAAGUUGUUUCUUUGGGGUUUUUUUUUAUAAUAAAUUAAUUUUAGUUUAACUGAUGUUUCCUUUGUAGGCACUGAUAAAGCAAUUUUUAAGGAUGUUAACUAUAAAUAGGUAUUAUGAAUAUGCUUUGCAACUGAUCGAUGUUUAUAAUAAA